AUACUCCAGUUCAGUAGAUGGCGGUAAAGCAGCUACAUUUUGUUGUAUUUUUGAAGUAGAAAACGCAGAAUGAAACGACAUCAAUGGCUGCCUUCAGCAUGAGCAUGUGUUACAAUUCAGAGAGGAAAAUAAAUAAAUAAAUAACUAUUGUAUGCACCGUCAGACAAAGUUCACUACAUUUCAGUGUUCAGGAGAGACUAAUACAAAAUGAAGGCACAGUCGCAACGCAGGAGCAAAGGAAAAGGUGGACGAAAAAAGCAAAAGGAUAAACUUCAGAAAUUCAAGGAUUCCGUUGAUAACUUUUUGAAGAGCAAAGGAGAUUUCGAUGAAAAUGAGCACGACCAAAGGGCAACAUUCGUGAGAAAGAAAAGCAGGAGAGUGUUGCGCAGAGAGGGGCGCAAGUUAAAGAAAGCCAAGAUGAAAUAUCACUACUCGGGUCAGUCACUCGCUGAGGGAACGGGUAAUAAGAAGACCGUGAAAGAAAAAAAGACGGUAAACCCAGUCGUAAAGCCAACAGGAAAUCUUAAAAUUGCAGCUCAAAGACCACAGAAGACAAAAGAGGACAACGUUGAUACUGAAGGUGGUCUGGUAGAUAAGACCAAAAGAAAAGUCCACUUCGCCGAAGAUGUGCCAAAGCAGAAAAAGAAGUCCAAACUGGACGAGAGCAGAAAGCUGUCUCUGCUGCAGGCUAAUGUUGAAGAGGAUAAAGAAAUAAAAAAAUUAGAAAAACGCCUUGGACUGAAUAGAAGAAAAAACAAAAAGAGUCUUCCUCAGUCGUUUACCAACGACGGGCUUGAUUAUAUUUUAGGCAUUCUUGAGCCUGGGGCAUCUGGAACAGCGCUGUAUGAAAGUGAUGAAGAAAUGGACAUUGAUAAAGCGAAGGAUAAUUUUGAUGUGUUGGAAGAUGACAGUGAGGGGGAAAUGACAGAUGAUGAGAAAAAAGAUGACAGUGAGGGUGAAAUUGACACUGAGGAAGAUGAUGCUGAAGAGGAUGACACACAAAUGGAAGACGAUGUGGAGGAUGUAGAGGACAGCAAACAAAUAGAGGAUGAGGAGGCAGAGAAAGACGAAGACAGGGAAGAUGAAACUGAUGCAUCUGAGGCUGAUGAUGAUGGAGAGGAAGAUGAAGCCGAACAAAGUCCACUUGAGAGCAAAGAGCCAAGUCAUGCUACAGUUGGCAAAUAUGUUCCACCUCACUUAAGAGAAGCUGUAGAUAGCAAACGCAAAGCUGAACUGGAGAAACUUAAGCGCAAUGUGAAAGGUCUGAUAAACAGGUUGAGUCAGCCCAAUAUGGCAUCCAUCAGCAGUCAGCUAGAAGAACUGUACAUGAGCACCAGCAGGAAAGACAUGAAUGAUACACUCACUGAUAUUCUGCUGGCUGCUUGUGUCACUCCUGCUCUCAUGCCUGAAAGGCUUCUGAUGGAACACGUCUUACUCGUCAGCGUACUCCAUCAUACUGUCGGCUUGGAGGUUGGAGCUAACUUUCUGGAGACUGUGGUCCGACAGUUUGAUAAAAUGUACAGUCAGGAAAAUGUUACAGACAAAGAGUGUGACAACUUGGUGUGCAUGAUUGCCCACCUCUACAACUUCCAGGUGGUCCACGCUGUUUUGGUCUUUGACAUUUUGAAGAAGCUGGUAACACGUUUCAGCUCCAAGGAUAUAGAACUAGUUCUACUGGUCUUGAAGAAUGUUGGUUUUGUUCUGAGAAAGGAUGAUCCGCUAGCCCUUAAAGAGCUCAUCUCUGAAGCUCAGCGAAAAGCCAGUGCUGAAGGAGAACGUUUUCAGGACCAAACAAGAAUUCGCUUUAUGUUGGAGACUAUGCUGGCCCUUAAGAACAACGAUAUGAGAAAGAUUCCUGGUUAUGACCCUGAACCUGUGGAAAAAUUAAAGAAACUGCAGAGGACUUUGAUUCACAGUAGUGCAGGUAGCAGUGACAUGAAGUUGAGAGUGUCACUAGACAAUCUUCUAGAAGCUGAGCGUGUUGGCCGCUGGUGGAUUGUGGGAUCUUCCUGGAGUGGAGCACCUAUGAUUGAUGACCACGGAAACAAGACAACCACUCAACCCACCGAAGGGAAACAAUAUAGCGCAAAGAUUUUGGAGCUUGCACGCAAACAAAGAAUGAACACAGACAUCAGGAGGAACAUUUUUUGUGUGCUUAUGUCAAGUGAAGACUAUUUGGAUGCCUUUGAGAAACUUCUAAGGUUAGGUUUGAAAGACCAGCAGGAGCGGGAAAUUGUUCAUGUUUUGAUGGACUGCUGCCUUCAGGAGAAAACCUUUAACAGAUUUUAUGCAGUUCUGGCAGAAAAAUUUUGCUCACAUGACCGUCGGUUUCAGAUGACAUUUCAGUUCAGUUUAUGGGAUAAGUUCAAAGACCUGGCAAACCUUUCCAGCUCGUCGUUUAGUAAUCUGGUCCAGUUGGUCACACAUAUUUUACACAGAAAAUGUCUCUCUCUUUCUAUUCUUAAGGCUAUCGAAUUUGGGGAGCUAGAUAAGCCAAAAGUCAAAUUCCUCAAGCAGAUCCUUUUAAAACUCCUUAAAGAUACAGAGCCGGAGGACCUUGUGAACAUAUUUGGCAGGAUCUCUGGAAUUCCAAAUCUAGGAAUGCUUCGGGAAGGCUUGAAGCUUUUCAUCAGUCACUUUUUGCUCCGGAACGCUCAUACACAAGAACCAGCUGAGCAAGCCAAGGUACUAAUAGACAGAGCCGAGGUCGCCACCAGGGCCAUGGAGGCCCGGGAAGCCAAGCUUAAGCUGUAGAGCUUGCAUACAAUAAUAACAUAUAUGUGUGCUGUGUUUCUGAAAUGUGCACAGAUGUGUGUGUGUGUGAUGCAUUGGACCCAAAUGCAAUGAAUGAACCUGUUUUCAGACCAUGAGAAACAUGCCAAUCGUUGACAUGGUAAUAAAUUUUAUCUUUAGAGAUGGAGAAUGAAA